AGAAAUUCUAUAACUGCCUGGAAUUUCGCUAACCAUCUGCCAUUUAGCUCCACAAACGUAAAGUUUGUGUUUGGAAAUUAUACCAGUUUUCUUAUACAUUUUCCUUUUAACAAGUCAGAGUGAAAAUUUACGAACAUUCAUUUAUAAUUUUUACAACGCCUUCUUCUCAAUAACUUCGUUAUUUGUUUUAACCAAUCAACACAAAAAACUACAUGGAGUCCGAAUUCCGAAGGGCUUUUAAAAAUUCCAAAACUGAAGAAGAAAUAAGAGAAGUUAACCUAACGUGGGAAGAUACGCUCGCGCAGUGCAAGAAACAGAACGAUCAUGAAAAAUACGAUUAUUUCACAAAUUUUAGCAAGGAAAAACUGGUACAACAUAUCAAAGGUGACUUAAAAGAUGACGAUAACAUGGUUGAUAAUCUUUAUAAUUUAAUCAUUAGGAUGGCGAACCUAACUACAUAUAUAGAGCAUCAGUUUGUUGACGAAAAUGAAAAAGAUGAACAGGAAAAACAUAAAAGAGUUUGCGGCACUGGAUUUAUUCAAAGAAUUAGACACAAGAAAGGAGAAAUAUGCCAAUGUAAAUCUUGCGAGAACCCUGAAAACGAAAAGGCGAAAAAAUGGGCUAUUUUUACAGUGACAAGCGUGCAUCACGUGGUACAACGACUCCAGAAUAACAUGGGGAGUUCAGAGGUCAGACUAUUUUACGAUACGACAGACAGUCUUACUUGGAAAACCUUGGAUAUUCUCAAGGUUCAAGAUACCGACAAAGAUGGAGAAUAUGACUGGUGCGCCAUUCAAUGCGUGACACAUGACAAACAAAUAAUAAAGGAACUACAGAAAAACCUUUCAGAGUAUGAGACUCUGCAGAAGGAGAUCUACAAGGAAGUCAAAGAAACAACCCGGGAGGAUCUCCAACUUGUCGUCAUCACCGGACACCCUCACGGCAUGCCCAAGCAGGUCAGCAUCGGAGAAAAGAAAGGGAAGGAGGUUCUCAAGGACGUCCGCGAGAGACAAGAGUGGUGCCGGUACGGCUACGACACGGCAACGUGCCCGGGGAACAGCGGCUCGCCUGUCUACAUUGUGGGUCAGCCGCUGUGUGGCUUCGGCUACUGGUUCGGCCACACCCACAACCACAGCACGGGAUACGAUGCUGAGAAAAACGAAAAAUUUAAUUUCAGCUCCAUCGGCACGAUCCAGCUGCCCUAGGUCGUGGUGCGUGGUUAACACAUCAACAAGGUUUUAUCUUAGACUAGCACUCUUGUUAUGUUUACUUAAUGUAGCAUUUGUUUUUAGAUGUGUCUUCACUUCCUUUACUUCUCUGC